AUGUCCUACCCAGUCAGCGACAUCCAAACCAUGUCCUACCCAGUCGGCGACACCCAAGCCAUGUCCUACCAAGUGCCAGAUACCCAAGCCACGUCCUACCCAGUCAGCGACAUCCAAACCAUGUCCUACCCAGUCAGCGAUACCCAAGCCAUGUCCUACCCAGAUAUCCAUGCCAUGUCCGAUACCCCAGCCAUGUCCUACCCAGCGACACUCAAACCAUGUCCUACCCAGUCAGCGACAUCCAAACCAUGUCAGCGAUACCCAAGCCAUGUCAUACCCAGUGUCCGCAGUCAGCGACAUCAAACCAUAGUCAGCGAUACCCAAACCCCUACCCAGUCAACCAUGAUACCCAGUCAGCGAUACCCAAGCCAUGUCCUACCCAGUCACAUCCAAACCAUGUCCUACCCAAGCCAGCGACAUCCAAGCCAUGUCCUACCAAGUACCCAUGUCCACCAAGUCCUAUGUCCUACCCAGCCAGCGACAUCCAAACCCAGCGAUACCCAAGCCAUGUCCUACCCAGUCAGCGACACCCAAACCAUGUCCUACCCAGUCAGCGAUACAGCCAUGUCAAAGCCAUGUCCAUGUACCCAGUACCCCAGCGACAUCCAAACCAUGUCAUACCAAGCGCCCGAUACCCAAGCCAUGUCCUACCCAGUCAGCGACAUCCAAACCAUGUCCUGCCCAGCCAGCGACAUCCAAACCAUUUCCUACCCAGCCAGCGACAUCCAAACCAUUUCCUACCCAGCCAGCGACAGCCAGGCCAUGUCUACCCAGCUCACAAAUGGACGUCACUGA